AUGUCUUCGCAAAACAUUUUGCAAGUAUUGAACCAAUCCACCAACGGAGUGUCACGUGGGAGUGGUCUAAUGAACAGUCCUUCUCCGAAUAGGUCAAUGGUAAUGAACCAUAACAACAAUUAUUCUCCAUCUCUAAACGAUCCGAUUGGAGGUCAAAACAAUAAUUAUCAAAUCAUGCUUCAACAACAACAACAAUUGACGAAUUAUAACUUGUCUAUGUUACAAAAUAACAUCCAAGGAAACAAUUCGAUGACCGCCUAUAACAAUGGUAAUAUGUCUCUCUCUCCCAAUUACCAUGUCACAAACCACUCAACCUCUCCACCAACCACACUGAGUCCAAAUUCCAGCAACACAACCACCUCAAGCUCCAACUCAACCACAAGUACGAACCACACCAAUCUCAUGUUCAUCAACGAGACCACCGCUGACGUUUUACAACGAGGUGCUUUUCCAAAUUAUGAUCUAAGCGCUCCCUCAACCCCUAAAAAGAAUUCCUCUCCACCUAAUUCGAAUGUUUUAUGGACACCUCCUCCUUCUUCGAACGCAUUAUCGAACAGUCCAAAUAUCAAGUCACCUCCUUCAUUGAAAAAUAUGAAACAACAUUCUGCUUCGACUCUUCAUACAGCAACUUCGUUGAGAAUGAAAAAGCAUUCGGGAUUGGGCAAUUUUAAGAAUAAUUAUUUUGAGUUGGAAAUGAAAAAGACACCAAAAUCUCAGAAUGCUCCGUUGAUGGACCAUAGCGGAAAUGGUAAUGGGUCAUCCAAUACUGCUGCAACUACUUCUAGUACGACGACAUCAUCACCUGCUCGAAGAGGAAUUGAAAAAUCUUCAAGUUUUUCCAAGAAGAAUCCAUUACUAAAUUUGGAUCGACAUUCAUUGGCAGCUGCAUUGAGCCAAUCGAAUUUAUUGCAUCCCAAUCAGCAAUUACAAGAGGUUGGAAACAAAAAGUUUUCUCUUUCAUAUAAUGAAUUGCCAGAAGAUUCAAACAUUACAAAUUCUUUGAGCUCAUUGUAUGGUCAACCUCAAGCACUGAUUGGACAAGCCCUUCAUCAACAUGUAUUGAAUCCAAAUGGUUUGUUUUUGAAUGGCACAUCGUCGUCAUCGAUGAACGGUCAAAACUCAAUGAUGGAUCAUGUCAACCACAAUUAUUCCCAACCAUCUUCUGGAAUGAUGAAUCAACAACCACAGACAGAGCCAACGACUCGUAAAAAACUGUUGACCUCUUCGGCCAGCACUCCAAAUUUGUUUCACAGCAACUCGAGCACUCAGCAGAAACAUCAAGAAAUGUCUCACCCAGCUAAUAACUUGUCUUAUUUUGCACAACAACAAGGUGUUUUUCAACAAAUGUCAAGCACGUAUCCUGUAAACGCCAACACAACCUUAAGCAUUCCCCAAUCAGGUCACAUGAAUGGCAAUCAUACGAAUCAAGUUCAUGCAAGCCAUCCAAAGGAUUCCUCUGAUUUUGAUGACAUGCUUGAUUCGUUAUUGAAUGAGGAACCUAAUUUUGAAGAAACAGCAGCGGCAAAUAGUACCUCCUAUAACAGAGUCAACCUUAAUCAUCCAACUAACUUUGGUGAUGUUUGUAACAACUCUCAAAAUUGUCAAAACGUAUGCCCUUCCUCACCAUUGUCAAUAUUUGGAGAUAAGGACGACAACCAACAAGACACUUCACUCAUUUUAGAUAUGGACAACUUCUUCUUGUCUGGCAACGAUGAAACAGAAAAUGAUCCAUCUAGAUUGAAUGGAACUUUCCACCUCGAUGAAAAUACUCAGAAACCAUCAUCGAUCACUCAGCAAGAUCAACAUUUGCCCCUACGGCCGCUCAAUCCACAGGAUGUCAUGAAGGAAUGGGAGAAUAUUUGUUCUCAAAACAGUCAUCAUCCGUUUCCACUUGGAUCCAACUCACCCACACACCUCAACAACCUUGAAUUUGAUUUACUGGAUCAAUUCUAA